CGGGCUUGUGCUGCCGCCGCCGCCGCCGCCGCCGCCGCCGCCCGGGCCGAGUGACAAAGGAAGGAAGGAAGGAAGGAAGCGAGGAGGAGCCGGCCCCGCAGCCACUGACAGUGCUCCGGGCUGGGGGCACAGCGUGGACACUUCCUGAGCCGGCACCGAGCAGAGGCGAGGGGCAGGAGGGCGGCCGCUCUGGUGCGGUGGACGGGGGAGGGGGCCCCGAGGGACGGAAGCGGUUGCCGGGUUCCCAUGUCCCCAGCGUAUGGGGAGCAGUCGAGGAGCCGCUGCCUGGGGUCUGAAGGGAGCUGCCUCCGCCACCGCCGCCGCCAUGGCCGCUGGAUCCAGCCGCCGCCUGCAGCUGCUCCUGGCGCAAUGAGGAGAGCAGCCGCCGCCACCGCCCGCGUCUGACUCGCGACUCCGCCGCCCUCCAGUUCACCGAGCCCUGGUCGUCAGCCCGCGGGAUCCCGUCGCCGCCGCCGCCGGAGCCGCAGCGUUUCCCGUCGCAUCUCCGAGCCACCCCUCCCUCUCCCUCCCUCCUUCCCAUCCCCCUUCUCUUCAAGCGUGAGACUCGUGAUCCUUCCGCCGCUUCCCUUCUUCAUUGACUCGGAAAAAAAAUCCCCGAGGAAAAGAUAAUAUUCAAAGAACUUAUUUUCAAUCAAGUAUUUGACCCUGUUUCACGUGAUAUAAAUAUUUUUUAGGAGUCUUCCUUUUUUUUCUUCCUUCUCCUCUUCCUCCCUGAAAGGGAGGGGGUAAGAACUGUAUUUUGUCCCCAGCCCCAAAUAUCUCAAUGUUCAAUAUCCGUACUGAUCUGUCUUGACGGAGAAAUACAUCGAUCGGUUUUUUUUUUUUAAAUAGCUGUACAAAAGGAGUGAAAAACCAAGAGGACGAAGUCUUUUUCUUUUUCUUGUGAAGAAGUUAAUGCUGCAUUUAUCAUUAACCUAAUACCCUAACAUAAAACAAAAGGAAGAAAAGGAGGAAGGAAGGAAAAGGUGAUUCGGGAAGAGAGUGAUCAUGUCAGGGCGGCCCAGAACCACCUCCUUUGCAGAGAGCUGCAAGCCAGUGCAGCAGCCUUCAGCUUUUGGCAGCAUGAAAGUUAGCAGAGACAAGGAUGGCAGUAAGGUGACCACAGUGGUGGCAACACCUGGGCAGGGUCCAGACAGGCCACAGGAAGUCAGCUAUACAGACACUAAAGUGAUUGGAAAUGGGUCGUUUGGUGUGGUUUAUCAAGCCAAACUUUGUGAUUCAGGAGAAUUGGUUGCCAUCAAGAAAGUAUUGCAAGACAAGAGAUUUAAGAACCGAGAGCUCCAGAUCAUGAGAAAGCUAGAUCACUGCAACAUAGUCCGAUUGCGUUAUUUCUUCUACUCAAGUGGUGAGAAGAAAGAUGAGGUCUAUCUUAAUCUGGUGCUGGACUAUGUUCCGGAAACAGUAUACAGAGUUGCCAGACACUAUAGUCGAGCCAAACAGACGCUCCCUGUGAUCUAUGUCAAGUUGUAUAUGUAUCAGCUGUUCCGAAGUUUAGCCUAUAUACAUUCCUUUGGAAUCUGCCAUCGGGAUAUUAAACCACAGAACCUCUUGUUGGAUCCUGAUACAGCUGUCUUAAAACUCUGUGAUUUUGGAAGUGCAAAGCAGCUGGUCCGAGGAGAACCCAAUGUUUCAUAUAUCUGUUCUCGGUACUAUAGGGCACCAGAGUUGAUCUUUGGAGCCACUGAUUAUACCUCUAGUAUAGAUGUAUGGUCUGCAGGCUGUGUUUUGGCUGAACUGUUACUAGGACAACCAAUAUUUCCAGGGGACAGUGGUGUGGAUCAAUUGGUGGAAAUAAUCAAGGUCCUGGGAACACCAACAAGGGAGCAAAUUAGAGAAAUGAAUCCAAAUUACACAGAAUUCAAAUUUCCUCAAAUUAAGGCACAUCCUUGGACAAAGGUCUUCCGACCCCGAACUCCACCGGAGGCAAUUGCACUGUGUAGCCGUCUACUGGAGUAUACGCCAACUGCCCGAUUAACACCACUGGAAGCUUGUGCUCAUUCAUUUUUUGAUGAAUUACGGGACCCAAAUGUCAAACUACCAAAUGGGCGUGACACACCUGCACUCUUCAAUUUCACUACUCAAGAACUGUCAAGUAAUCCACCCCUGGCUACCAUCCUUAUUCCUCCUCAUGCUCGGAUUCAAGCAGCUGCUUCAACCCCUACAAAUGCCACAGCAGCCUCAGAUGCUAAUGCUGGAGACCGUGGACAGACCAAUAAUGCCGCUUCCGCAUCAGCUUCCAACUCCACCUGAACAGUCCCAGGCAGCCAGCCAAGCAGGAAGAACCACCAGUUACUUGAGUGUCACUAAGCAACACUGGUCACGUUUGGAAAGAAAAUUAAAAAGAGAAAAAAA